CGCUUCCGCCGGGCCAUGGGGCCGCGCGUGCUGCUGCCGCCGCCGCCGCCGCCGCCGCCGCCGCCGCCCCUGCUGCUGCUGCUGCUGCUGCGGGCGCUGCUGCUAUCGGCGCUGCUGUGCGGGGCCGAGGGGGCCGCGUCCCCGUCGCCGCGCCCGGUGCAGGCCACGCUGUCGCCACCGCCCGCCGUGACGAACGGGAGCCAGCCGGGCCCGCCGCACAACAGCACGCACUCGCGACCGCCGGACUCGCCGGGCUCGCCGCUGCUGCGCUCCUUCUACGUGCUCACGGGCCUCAGCGGCCUGGCCGCGCUCUACUUCCUCAUCCGGGCGUUCAGGUUGAAGAAGCCACAGCGGAAGAGGUACGGCCUUCUGGCCAACACCGAGGACCCCACGGAGAUGGCUUCGCUGGACAGCGACGAGGAGGUCGUCUUUGAGACCAGGAAUCUGAGAUGAUGCUCAGGUCAGGGAGGCAGCGUUGCCAGAAGCUCCGGGGAGAGGACAAGAGACGGAACCGGCUCCCUAGCGUCUGGCGUGCCCCACUGACCGCCUGCCGGCUGUGACGCAGACUCCGCAAGCUCGCGUGGGUCCUGCCUAGCUCGCCUACUCUGCCCGAGGCCGCUUUGGCCCUUCGCCCAGACAGGACUGUCGAGGAUGCUGGGUGGGAACCAGAGAGGCCCUGGAGGCCUUAUACAGGACCUUGAGACUGGUGGGGCCGUGACUUGUGCCGUUCGCCCUCCUCUGUGGGGUGAGGCAGCCCCCGGCUACAGCCUGCCGGGGUGGGGGGGGGGGGGCGCCGGGCGGCCUGAGCGGCCUGUCUGGAAGCAUCUUCCCAGCGGGCUGGAGACAAUAAAGGGAGCAGUGGUUCUGUG